AUGUUCACCGUAAGAGACCCUCAGCAGCACAGAGUUCUCCGAAGCGCAACUGCUCAAGUCUACUCGAUGACAAAUUUGAGGAACUAUGAAGCACACGUAGAUGAGUGCACGGAGCUGUUUCUAGCCAUUUUGAAGAAGCAUGAAGGACGAGCGAUUGAUGUUACUGAAUAUAUCCAUUGGUAUGCAUUCGACGUCAUUGCAGCCAUUACAUUCCAAAAACGCCUAGGAUUCUUGGACGAAGGGAAAGACAUGCUAGGUAUGGUCGCAACUCGAAGCUUCAGUGCGAAAUAUUUCGCGUUUGCUGGACAGGUUCCUUGGGCCCACCCAUACCUCCUAGGUAACCGACGAAUGAUGGGAUUGUUGGCAAAGUUGUAUCCUGACAUGCCAGACCCUCAUGGCACCCUCUUCGGACACAUAGAGAAACAAAUUGAGCAAUACGACCUCGAAGAGCGACAAAAUGGACGAACAGACUUUCUCCAGCAGUUGAGGCGAAAAGAUGACCAGGACCGGGCAAAUCAUAAGCGUGAUCUCAUGAACCAUCUGUCCAACAACGUAUUGGCCGGAAGCGAUACUAUCGCCAUUGCACUACGAGCAAUAUUCUACCAUCUGGUAAAAACACCGCGUGUGUAUAAGAAUCUUGUGGAUGAGAUCACAGAGGCCGAUAGCAAGGGUCUACUAUCCAAUCUCGUAACAUAUCAAGAAAGCCAGAAUCUGGUCUAUCUGCAAGCCGUCAUGAAGGAAGCUAUGCGGCUUCAUCCUUCAAUCGCAUUUCCAUUGGAAAGAGUUGUGCCACCAGAAGGCACCCAGCUAUGUGGCUAUGACUUGCCUGGAGGAACAAUCGUGGGUGUUCUAGCGCCUCUGAUAAAUCGCAAUCAAGAGAUCUUUGGACACGACGUCGAGGACUUCCGGCCUGAGCGAUGGAUCGAGGCUGAUUCAGAACGUCUCAAGCUGAUGGAAAGAACCUACCUGACAUUUGGACACGGCCCUCGAGGAUGCAUCGGCAAGAACAUCGCAUUCCUAGAAAUGUCGAAGUUUGUCCCAGAAGUGAUCCGGCGCUUUGAUGUUCAGUGGGCGUCUGGCUCAAAGCCCUGGACCAUUACGGCUGGUUGGUUCUGGAAGCAAAGGGACAUAAACCUUGUUUUUCGCUCACGGUAA